UCUCCCUCCUCGUCUCUUUCUGCCUGACACCUGUCAGCUGCAGCAGGAGAAGGAGGAGGAGAAAUGCUCGGGGCUGACUCUGUAGUCAUCAUGAAAUCAUCACCUGUUGAUUUUCGGUCUGUCAUGUAAAGACACGGCAGCCUUGAUGCACAGACAACACAAUUAGCAAACCCUGUGAAAAAUCAAGUGUUUAAUGCGCCUCUUUUUCAGCACCAGAGCGGUGGUGGGGGACGUCCUACAGGUGAUUACUGUAACUUUAAAGAAAGAACUUGGACAAUGAUCUCAAAUCACUUUCUAUAGUUGAAUGCCCAAAGCCAAGAUGGCGACGAGAGGAUCCCGAUUCGUCGGCAUUUUAUCUGCGGGCAGAGGAAACACAAAGAGAGCCGUAGAGUUCUGUCGCCAUUUUGACUAAGGGCACGUCGAUGACUGUAGAAAGUUGCCUCCUCCUACCAUGUUAACUGCGGGCAAAGGUACCCAGCAUACCGCGUGUGGGCAGCGGUGGAGCUGAGUCGCCUGGCUAUGAUGUCAUCACUUUCCGUCUCGCCAUGCUACUUCUUGUCAGUGAUCAACAAAUUCUGAGCGGCAUCUUCCCAGAUUAGUUGUUGCUAGAAUAUGAAAACCCUGCUUGCAGAGAAACUAAAAGCUUUCAUUCUGAAUCCUGUGGAUUUGAAGACUAUUCACAGUUGCGGGGGGAAAUACGCCCACAUGUUGGGAACGUACAGUCAUACUAUGUAGUGUGGUGUCCAGUUUAAUUGUGCCUGAUGUAGCUUGGACUUUCGGAAACAUAAAAAUAAGAGUAAGCAAUGAUCCAAGUGAAGAGAUGCAUCAUGCGUUUAGGCACAAAAUAUUUUCUUCAACUUCUGCAGAGCGGUGUUAGCCACAGCAAGAAGUACUCCAGAUGUUCCCUCACUUCAGUUGCAAGAUCUUUCAAUCAAACAAAAUCACAAAUAUUUUUGUUUGCGAAGUAUUUUACAAAUGCCUGUGUUGUUCCUGAUUCCCAAGGAGGCAUUCUGCCACAGAGGUUCUUUUCCUGCAAGCAGGAUCUUCUGAAGUCAGAGCAGGAGAACUGGAGGGCUUGUUCAGCAAAUUACACAGAUAUAACAGAGAGGCUUAAGAAAAGAUUAGAAGCUCAUUAUGACAAGUAUUCAUCCGAGCUGAGCAGCCCAGUGAUUAGGUUUGAAAAGUACACUUACUUUGAGGAAAAUGGAUGCAUAUAUCGUUCAGAGGUGGGAGAAGUAGAUGAAAGAAAUGUAGAAAUGCUACUAAGUGCAGAAGAUCUACCCUUUCAUGAUUCCCUUAUCCAGCGCAUCCGAAUUUCCCCAGAUCACAACUAUAUGGCUACUGGCAUUAAAAGCACACAUUCUGAAGAAUCUGCUUGUAUUGUUGUGAAACUAAAUACACUGCCAAAAGUUGAGUGUGUUAUCCUAAAUGUGUUUAGUUUUGAAUGGGCUACACAUGACAUUCUGUUCUAUACAAUCCAGAAGAACCUUCAGUGUCAGCAUGUAUAUUUAUCUGAUUUUAGUAAGAAACAUUCUGAACUGGUUUAUCAAGAACAAGAUGCGAGAUAUUUUGUGGAUCUCUACCACACAAAAGACAAGCGAUUUCUGACUAUAAAUAGCAAUAGCAAGACUACCUCUGAAGUGUGGUUGGUUGACUGUUGCCACCCUUUUAAGUCUCCUGUACUUGUGCAACAGCGAACUGAAGGAGUCAUUUACCAUGCUGAGCACAGAGACAAUCAGUUGUACAUUCUUACUUCAUAUGGAGAGCCAAUGGGAUACAAGCUGAUGAAGACUCCAGUUGAUUCAUGUGGUUUGGACAAUUGGCAGUCAAUUUACACAGUAAAAGAAAAGACCAAACUAAUUGACUUAGAAAUGUUCAAAGACCACUGCAUUGUGUUUCUGAAGUUCGAUGGUCACCUCUACUUAGAUGUUAUUUCUCUUGUGUCAGCCUCGGUUCACAGUGUUAAGCUACCUGCUUGGGCCUGUUCGCUUGAAUUGGAGCCUCAUCCUGAGCACACCACGAGCACUUGCUAUUUCUGGCUUGGCUCCCCAGUUCAACCUCCAAGACGUUUUGCAUAUUCGUUGGUGGAAAACAAGCUUACCAAGCACACUGAGCAAGAAGUACCAAUUACAAUGAAUUGUCACACAGUACAUUUAGAAGCUAAGAGCAAGGAUGAAACUUGGGUGCCAAUUACAGUUUUUCAUAAUGCUAGUUCCACAGAGCUGCACAGGAGACCGCUUCUGGUUCAUGUAUAUGGAGCUUAUGGAAUAGAUUUGAACAUGAGCUUUAAAGAAGAAAAUCUAAUGUUAGUUAAGGACGGCUGGAUAUUAGCAUAUUGCCAUGUUAGGGGUGGAGGAGAGCUCGGCCUGGGAUGGCAUAAAGAUGGCUGUAAAACUAAGAAGCACAACGGCAUUCAAGAUCUCCAAGCGUGCAUCAUGUGGUUGCAUGAACUGGGGUUUUCUCGACCGACACUUACAGCCCUGAUGAGCCUGAGUGCUGGAGGAGUUGUUGCAGGAGCUCUCUACAAUAACGCUCCUCACCUUAUCAGAGCAGUAGCGUUACAGGCCCCUUUCCUGGAUGUUUUAAAUACAAUGCUGGACCCUUAUCUCCCCCUAACUAUUGAAGAACGAGAAGAAUGGGGGAAUCCACUGGCUGACGAGACCUGCAAGGAGUAUAUUAAAAGCUACUGUCCUUAUCAGAAUAUUAGGACACAGCAUUAUCCUUCCGUUCUCAUCACAGUCUCUGAAAAUGAUCAGCGAAUACCUCUGGCAGGGUUAUUGCGAUAUGUGUGUAAACUUAGGAAAGCUGUCCAAGAUCAUGCCCAAGUCAACAGCAUGAAUGAAAAAGGACUUCAGAUGCCUAAUAUUAUCUUAGAUGUUCAGCCAGGAGGCAGUCAUUGUGCUCCAUCUUGGGAAGAUUCUUUAAAUCAGGUUGCAACUCAGCUAGCAUUUCUGUACAAAGAACUUGGACUUGACAAGCAGGAAUGAUUCGUGAAGCUGAAGUUUGUGUCCCAGUCACUAAAGCAGAGGAAAUAGUUUUGACUGCAUGGGAAACUACCGCCAGUUACUUACCCACAUGUUUAUUUCAGAAUCAGCGGAAAUAUUUCAGAGUAAUUACCACUAAUUUGUGAUUUCAUUAGAAACCGAGAAGGUCAUAAUAAUAUUUUUUUAAUUCCUCCAAACUUUCUUUUUACUGAAUAAAAGCAUUAUUGCUUUUAUAAAACAUCAUAAAAGCAGUAGAACCAUUACAGAUGCAUUCCUUUUGAUCAUCCUAUACAAUAUCCCCAGGUUUUACAAUUAUCUCUACCUUCUGGGAAGGUGGGGGUGGAGUUUAGGGCACUUGUGUAAUAAACAAUUUCUGAUAAGAGAUAUUGCAGGGUUUAAUAGUUAGUGGAGAUAGAUCUGCCUCAGAGUUGCAGUGGCUCCGACUUGCUACAGCUAAAUGGGCAGGAAUAUACUACCAGAAUAAUAUUUGAAAUUCACGGGUAGCAAUUCUGCCAUCUCUGUAUUUACAUUCAAAUGAAAUCACGCACAUGAUCCAAGUUGUGGCUGAUAUAUACAGAGCACAAAUGCACUGAUGCAGUGGGAAAGCAGCCUAACACACCUUCUUAAGGGCAGCCCAGGACAUAUUUUUGAGUGGCACAGAGGGUUUCUUGGGGAAGAGAGGGCAUCAAAAAUUGCUGCUUCCCCAUUGCACCAGUGCAGUUAGAGAGUUCUUUUAGGCUGCUCUCUUGCUGCACCAGUGCAUCCUUGCUCUGUAUGUCAACCACUGAAAGUUUUGUACAAAAAUUGCAUCCAAAUGUGAAGGCAUUGGUUUGUAGGGAUGGGCCCGGAACGGUCUGGAGGCCAUUGAAAAAGCCUGCGGACUGGUCCGGACCUGGGCGGUUCGGUUCGGGUUGGGGGGUAGCUUUAAGAGCGGCGGGAGGGUUUACUUA